AAAGCGUCGAAUAUUUGUAUUUAAUUUAUUUUGAAACAUUUAAAAUGUCUAGGGUGCUGUGUUAGUUUACAUUUUAGUUUGGCUAUUUUCACGUUGUGGAAUGGGCGAUUAUAUCGUUUAGUUAAAUCAAGUCAAAUGUUAUGCUGUUAAAAUGAUUUAGGAACAUGAAUCUUCAAACUCUAUUUCAGGAUUUUAAUCCUAGCAAAUUUUUAGUCCACGUGUGUCUUAUGAUAUUUACUGCCUUAUUCGCUCUGCGCUUGGAUGGUGAGCUUACCUGGAGCUAUUGGACCAUAUUUAUUCCAAUAUGGUUCUGGAAGUUUAUGGUUAUCCUAGGUGCUCUUGUUGGAAGUUACGUCUGGUGGAGGUAUCCACAUUUCAGGUUGGAAGGAGAAGCAUAUGUCCAUUACAAAGCAAUGCUUAUUAGUCUUGCUCUUCAUCUCAUUCUUCUUAUGUUUGAGUUAUUGGCAUGUGACAAAUUGGAGUCUGGAAGACAUCUGUGGAUAUUGGUUUUCAUUCCACUGAUAUUUAUAUCUAUAGUAUCAAUUGCAGUCUGCAUUUGGGCUGUCAAACAUGAUCGCUCGUUUGAGUUGGAGUUGUUCUGUUCUGUGAACAUUCUUCAGUUUAUAUUUCUGGCCCUUCGUUUGGAUGGUUUCAUCUCGUGGAGCUGGGAAGUUGUAUUUGUGCCUCUUUGGAUUCUCAUGUGUCUUUCUUCAGUUGGAGUGCUAUACACAAUCAUUUUUGCUGGAAUUUUACUUCGUGCUCCUGAAGUGAAUCCACAACAGAGAAGAACAUCUUUCAAUUCUGCUGUUGGUUAUACUUUCCUAGUCAUACCAGUACUUAUUUUCCAGGUUCUUCUUACUAAUAAACUUGAUGAAGAUAUAUCAUUGAGUUAUGUUGGUGUUGUAUCACCAUUAUUCAUCUCCUAUUUCACACUUAUCCUGAUGUCAUUUGGUGCAAAAGGAGGAAACAGAUGGUGGUUUGGUAUACGUAAAGACUUCUGCCAUUUUCUGUUAAGUUUAUGUCCCUUUCUUCAAGAGUAUGCAAACAUAGCAUAUAAUUUACAAAAUGAUGGAGUGAAUGGUAGAGCACAAAAUACAACAGAAAAUGCAAGUACUGCGCCUUGCAUUGACUCAAAAUCCGAAAAAAGAAUCAAGAAAACAGAACUUCUAAAGCCUGUAGUACCAGUUGUGUCAAUAGAUACACCUGACUGAAAAUUUUUCUAUUUGGAAACCGCAGUGUACGUAGAAAGAUUGAAUAUCAGUAUUCUGAACUGAACAUUUUAUGAGGCAUAUUGUUUCUGAUAAUCAUUAAAUUUUAUGAUUGUUGCAUUUUGUAACUGCUGCAGUGGUCUCAGCUCAUCCUGGUGGUGAUGUGUGAUAAACAUUUAACUGGCUUAAUUGUAUUGUUUUAUAUGUUGCAUAUGAAAUAAUGACAAUAACAGUUUCACUUAAUAAGACAAUAACUCUAUGUUGUAAGUUUUUGAACAAUUUUUUAUGUGUUGUAGAUGUGUCUUUAGGCUUGCUUUCUGUACAUAGCCAGCCUAUAGUAACUGUUUUGUAGUUCAUUCCAGAAAUAUUUUUCUAAAUCUUAAAAUGUUAGAAACUAGAAGUGAGAGUGAAUGCUGAAAAUGGUUGGAUUACAAAAUAUGUUGACUAAAAGCAUAUAAGCAGUCAAUGAA